AUGGCGUCGUACUUCAUGCCAUCGUUCUUUCAGAAGCGGCUCCUCAAAUACGCCCUAUCUCGUCUGGGCCUGGUCGACACAGAGGCCUUGGAUCCAGAUAACCUAGGCAUCCGCUGGGGACAACGGUCCACCGUCGAGUUGAGGGAUAUUGGCCUCAAAUUAGAAAAACUAUCGACUCUAAUUAAUCUUCCUCCGUCGUGCGAGCUACUCAGCGCCCGAGUUCACUUCCUUCGAAUCACACUUCCUGCCGAUUUCCACAAUAGCGGGAUCCUAUGUGAGGCAAAUGGCAUCGACGUACAUAUUCGGUUAUUGUCAGAGGAACCGAAAAAGGGACAUCAUGGGAAAGGGAAAGGUAAAAAGGGUGAUUCCCUGGCGGUGCCCACACCGUCUGGUCUUGCGGAGUCAUUCCUUGAGUCCGAACCAAAAGAGGAAAGGGAAGAGCUACAGGCCGCAAUAUCGUCGCAGUCGCAAGUCCUGCCCCACGACCCGUUAGCCUGGUCCGUCGAUGACAAUGACGAGCUGGGUCUUGGGAGUGAGACUCUAUCACUGCCGAGCUUUGUGGCUGGGUUCUUGAAAGGGGUCGUGGAUCGAUUUCAACUCAAGAUCAAAGAUGCAGUUGUGCGCGUGGACAUGGAAUUGAAGCAAGAUGGUACCUCAAAGCGGCAGCCUGAAAAUCAGCCGGAUCUUGUCGCGGGUCUGUUGAGUGUCGGAAAAAUCGAUGUACACGGGGUGUCUGAGAAAACCGUUGACCCGCAAGAGGGUCUUCCAUUCCGAGAAGGGAAGCGGCUCAUCUCAAUUGCAGAUAUCAAUGUUGGUUUAGUUUCAGACCCAUCAGUAUUUUCAAACUACUCUCGCUUCGCCGCCCCUGCGUCUCCGUCGACGACUAUGCGGUCAAAGGGGAGCCAGCCAUCGAGCAGAGCGCCAUCGCCCUCUCCAUUGGAGCAAUCUGUCGAAGAACCCCUAUCUAUGACUCAAUCAACCAUUUUCGAGCCGUCGCAAGGUUUCGGACAUUUAAGUAAAACCACAGACAGCUUAGAGGCAUCUGCAUUUUCCCGGGAUGGUCGAUUCUCAGACGCGGACUCGGAGUCAGGUAGUCACCACGGUGGAUAUAUGGAGGAUUCUCAAAUAUUUGGAGAUGACCCCUUCCAAGAUAACCCGGGGUACCUAGAUUCGGUGAUUGACACUCAAUUCGACGAUUUUGGUGAUGAGCAGCCACCGGCGAUACAUCCCCAAGAAGACCGACGUGUUGGGAGUGAAUGGAGAAGCCACUUAUCUGGUAUUCCACAAAGCUUGCAUCGGAGCCCACAGGAUGAAUACUCUGGCGAACCAUUAAUUCCCUCUGACAGCUAUCAUAUGUCCCAAACUUCAAGCACACAUCACAGCCAAAUUGGCUCUGAAAUUGACGAAAUCACGCAAUCCACACGGCAUUACAAUGACUACGACGAAAACGAACAUAAUGAAAGAUCACAGUUGAUGGAGACGUCCCAUCAUUCUAGUACAUCUCCUCUGCCCUCAGAGCCUGACAGCACGGGUUCACGAGAAGAAACACCGAAUGCCGAUCUCAACGAAUCUACGCUUUUCUCCCACAAUGAAGCGCAAAGUCUUUACAUGAGUGCUAUUAGCCAGGAUGCGAAUGGGAGCUUUAUGCCACACAUGCCAGGCGCAUGGGGUUCGUUUGAUAGUACAUCAAACUCUCGAAGUGCUUUUGAUGACCGAUCUAAAAGCAUUGCACCUACUUAUCCGGCACAGGAUACUCAAGUUGAAAAUGAAGCGAAUGAAGCGAAUGAAGCGAAUGAAGCGAAUGAAGCGAAUGAAGCGAAUGAAGCGAAUGAAGCGAAUGAAGCGAAUUCAAGAUAUAUAGCACCAUCAGAAGACAACAUCGCCGAACAACAUGAUUUGGACAACCCAGCCCAAUCCCAGACAUUGCACAAGGACAGACCAUCAGCUCCAUCAUCUCAUGGGUUGCAUAGAAACAAUGAAAUGACAAAGUCGAUAUUGACUGUCGACAAGGUUUUGCUGUGGUUCUCACCUCCUGAUUCCGACGAAGAAGCGCCAGCUGAGCCGUCGCCUAUCCCACAAAAGGAGUACACAGGCAGUGACUUGAAUGAAUCCACAGCUAGCUUCGGGGACUCCGCACCUGAUGAAAGUCUAUUUGCCUCUAGAGCUUACAGAUCUACGAGGUUCGAAAAAGGCUCUGCUGAGCCACGGGUUGGGCCAAGUGCUGGGACCGAACUACCUGAAAUCGCCCUGGAAGUGUUCUGUGCCUCCGUCCAUUUUGAUAUUGGAACUGGUUGGCUUCUAACCAAGAUAGGACAAAGAUUCUCUCACGCUCUUGGUACGGCUGAAAAAGAUCCGGCUGAGAAGCAGCCGCAAAAUCAGCAACCUACGCGCACACCACCUGUUCAUCUUGUCGUGCAUAUGCUUUCAGUAAAAUUCAUCGAACGCGUUUCGGGGCAUGUCUAUUCGUCCGACAAUAGUGGCUCGCCUUCGUCUCCUCCCUACAGCAUGGAAGAUGUGAUUCUUCGUCUUACUCUAUCUAAUCUCGAUGCUCGCCUUUCAGCUCAAAGUACAACUACCAAGCUGAAUGUCAACGUGUCCAAGUUUGCAUUCGGUUUCGCCUCAGAAGAUAUCAUAUUCUUUGAUGAAAGAUUGAAGAUGCGUGAAUCUACGCGUGAUGUUUUAUCCCCUUCGCAAGGAGAUAUCUCUAUGUCUUUGAUCAAGUCGGCAGAUCUGGCUAAAAUUGACAUCUCCACCUUGCCUCUCCAUAUCAAUCUCAAUAUACAACGACUGGAAGAGGUUUUGGGCUGGAUGGGUGGCCUGAGUACCAUUCUCGAACUUGGCAGUUCCAUGUCAUCCGUGUCCACAGUCAAGGGCUGCCCGCCACUUUCCAAACAGCGCCCCCGCGGUGUGCAUUUUGAGACACCCGCCCCAGCUGUUGACUCGACCAAGGGAACUUCAACCCUGUGGAAAGUCAAUGCCCGGGUCGGUGCCGUCCUGUUGGAUGUUACUGGAGAAAAUCAUUGUCUUCAAAUCACGACGACCGCUGUCAAAAUUGUGAGCAGGUUCGAAGGGAUUGGCAUUCAAAUAGACAAGGCGAAACUGAUUGGACCCCUUCCAAUUGAUGAUGGCUCAGCUGACGCUCCUGCUAAAAUCACCCUGAACAACAUCCGCCUUGAGUUCCUUUUUGCCCCGAAGGAGAUCGACCUGGAUCGUCUUUUGACAUUGAUUACCCCAUCCCAGGACAAAUUCGAAGUGGAAGAUGAUAUCAUGCUAGACACACUAUUGCGCCAGCGACGACAAGGAUCUGUUCUCCGUGCGACAGUGGGGCGCUUGGAAACUUCCAUUUUAGAUACAAGUGGGUUAGAGCCUCUCUCGUCCCUUGCUGUCGAGCUGAGUCGGCUUUCCAAUGUGACCAAAUAUUUGCCGGAAGACGAUCGCCCUGGUAUUCUUACUUUGAUGCUGGUCCGUGACUUCCAGGGGCAUGUCCACGUUGGUGGAGAAGUCGGGGACAUACAAAGUCAACUUACCGAUAUUGAAGUUGCACACAUCACCAUGCCUUCGCUCACUGCAGCCCAAAUCGGAACGAUGACCGUCAGUCGGAAUGAUGACGAAGAGCUGGUGGGGCAUGCAUUGUGGCCGCCAAACAAAUCUCAGGAUCCAGACAAGCCAUAUCCGCCUGUCCUCAUGGCCCGCUUCAUACCCGAUGAGAUGGAUCCUACCUACAAGAUCAAACUGCACAACCUCCUUGUCGAGUACACGGUACCAUCCGUUACGGCCUUCCUUGGUUUAGGUGGCGACAAGAUGAGCGGAGAUUUGGCUAGUAGUAUGGUUAACUCUAUCGCCAAUCUUGCAGAGCACUCAAUGCCAUCACCUUUGAUGACAGGGCGACCGAUAUCGAAUGAAUCUACCCCCUCGGCGAAGCCGAUCAAAGUCGCAGUAGUGUUCCGAGAUUGUGUUAUUGGCCUCAACCCUCGCAAUUCCCCCGCAAAGGGCCUUGCAGUCCUCACCAAUGCCAAGUUCGAAGGCAGUAUGUAUGGAGGCGAAUCUGCGGAAGCAUCGUUGGAUAUUAGGAAAGCCUCGCUCAUGAUCAUCGACGACGUGUACCAUGAAGGUGCCUAUAACCUUCACCAACGGGGCUCGGUCGUUCCCCAGGACACGCAGGCUCAAGCGUAUAUCGAUGAAGGCUAUGUUCCUGUUUCUACCAUCUCAUCGGCAACCGCUGGUGUCAAACUCACCAGCGCUGAGGAUGGGACAAAGUCUUUGGACGUUGAGCUGAGAGAUGAUCUGUUGAUACUUGAGACCUGUGCGGAUUCAACUCAAACGCUUAUCAGCAUCAUGAAUGGACUUCAGCCUCCAACUCCACCGAGUGUCAACAUCAAAUAUCGAACAGAGGUCAUGCCCAUCCAAGAUAUGUUUGCCUCGUUCACCGGGGACGCAUUUGCUGCCCAUCCAACUCUCCCCAAUAAUGAUCUGGCAACUAUCCCCCAAGGAUCAUCCAGAGAAGAUCAGCUGACCGACGAGCUUGAAUACGUCAGCGAUUUUUAUCCCGUGAAGGGCGGCUCUGGUGGUGUGGGUGUUGAAGGCAUGGAAGUGGGCACCGAUGAUCUACUAGACAGCUUCCAUUCUCAAUACCAAGUAUCUUCCAGCAUGACAGAAUUGGACUUCCAGGAGGAUCAUUUUGCAAAGAAAUCAGCUGUCGGUGGAACCGCUCAUCGGUGGGACUCUACCCAGAACACCUAUGGCCUCACCAAUGACACGAAGCUCGAGCGGAGUCCUUUGCGUGUGCGCGUUCGGGACGUGCAUUUCAUUUGGAAUCUAUUUGAUGGUUAUGACUGGCAGCGCACCCGUGACACAAUAUCAAAGGCUGUCAAGGACGUGGAGACCAAGGCCACAGAACGCCGUUCCAAGGGCUCGCGGAUAUCACCUUCGGCCGAAGAUGAAGAGGAGUCCGUCAUUGGCGAUUUCCUCUUCAACUCCAUUUACAUCGGCAUUCCAGCCAACAAGGACCCACGGGAACUCCAUCGUGAGAUCAAUCAUGAGAUCGAUGAUUUCACCAGCGAGACUGGGAGCUACGCAACAACCACUACCGUGACUGGGGCUGGAAGUCACCAGGGCCGGCCAACUUCUAAGAGGGAAAAGAAAUUACGUCUGCAUCGGAGCAAGCACCAUAAGAUGACAUUUGAGUUGAAGGGUGUCUCUGCUGAUCUGAUUAUCUUCCCACCGGGUUCAGAAGAGACGCAGAGCUCGUUAGAUGUACGGGUCAAGGAUCUGGAAAUCUAUGAUCACGUUCCAACUUCCACAUGGAAAAAGUUCGCAACCUACAUGCGUGAGGCUGGCGAAAAGGAGAGUGGUACGAGCAUGGUUCACCUAGAAAUGCUGACUGUGAAACCUGUGCCUGAGCUAGCUGCAUCUGAGAUUGUUCUCAAGGCCACUAUUCUACCACUCCGGCUGCAUGUUGACCAAGACGCUCUCGACUUCAUGAGUCGAUUCUUCGAGUUCAGGGAUGAGACUGCCAAACUGUCCGAUGCCCCGGGCGAUGUUCCAUUCUUGCAGCGAGUAGAGAUCAACGCCGUCCAAGUCAAAUUAGACUUCAAGCCCAAGCGGGUCGAUUACGCAGGACUCCGGUCCGGCCGCACAACUGAGUUUAUGAACUUCUUCAUCCUGGAUGGCGCCGACAUGGUGCUACGACAUGUAAUCAUUUACGGAGUGUCCGGAUUCGACCGAAUGGGCCAAACUCUGAACGACAUCUGGAUGCCAGAUGUCAAGCAGAACCAACUUCCCGGUGUACUCGCCGGUCUUGCGCCGAUCCGCUCUCUAGUUAACGUUGGUGGUGGCGUGCGCGACCUAGUCGUCGUCCCAAUGCGGGAAUACAGAAAGGACGGCCGAAUCGUGCGUAGCAUCCAAAAGGGCGCUCUAGCUUUUGCCAAGACAACCUCUAAUGAGCUGGUCAAACUCGGUGCAAAACUUGCCAUUGGCACACAGACCGUCCUUCAAGGUGCAGAGGACCUGCUGACCGCCCCCAAUGCACCAGCCGACGAUUCCUUGGAGGAAGACGAAGCAAAGAAGAUCUCACUGUACGCUGAUCAACCGGUCGGGGUGGUACAGGGACUGCGGGGGGCAUUUAGUGGGCUCGAGCGCGAUUUACUCCUGGCACGAGACGCGAUCGUCGCGGUACCUGGGGAGGUAGUUGAGAGUGGGAGCGCCAAGGCCGCAGCAAAGGCAGUAUGGAAGCGUGCUCCCACGGUCAUCCUCCGACCGGCUAUCGGAGUGUCCAAGGCCGUGGGACAAACUCUCCUUGGUGCGGGGAAUACCCUUGACCCGAGCAAUCGGCGCAAGAUGGAAGAUAAGUAUAAACGGUACUGA